AAAUGAAAUUUCCAUUGUCAUGAGAGAUGAUGGAAUUGAAACAAUAGAUUGAAAAGAGAUAGUGUGUCAUCUUUAUAUGAACAAAAUUAAAAGAUAUGCAACAUGAACAAAAAUUAAUUUGAAAAGUGGGAUGAUGACUGCGUUAAUAGCCAGUGGAUAUGGACUCUUUGGACCACAGUGGCUGUUCGAUGACAUCCCAAAAGCAGUCACAAGGAAAGUUAAAGGAGGGAAUAUUGAUGUACAUCCAUCAGAAAAAGCACUCAUUGUUCAAUAUGAAGUGGAAGCUACUAUUCUUGGAGAAAUGGGGGAUCCCAUGUUGGGAGAACGAAAAGAAUGUCAAAAAAUCAUUCGUCUCAAGAGUCUCAAUGCCAACACAGAUAUUACCUCCCUGGCACGGAAGGUGGUUGAAGAAUGUAAACUCAUUCACCCCUCAAAACUAAAUGAGGUAGAACAGCUGUUAUAUUAUCUGCAGAACCGGCGUGAUUCUUUGUCAGGAAAAGAAAAAAAAGAAAAAUCAAACAAGCCUAAAGACCCACCUCCUUUUGAAGGAAUGGAGAUUGAUGAAGUUGCUAACAUAAAUGACAUGGAUGAAUACAUUGAGUUAUUAUAUGAAGAUAUUCCUGACAAGGUUCGAGGUUCUGCUUUAAUCCUGCAACUUGCUCGAAAUCCUGAUAACUUGGAAGAACUACUGUUAAAUGAAACUGCUCUUGGCGCAUUAGCAAGAGUCCUGAGAGAAGACUGGAAACAGAGUGUUGAGUUAGCUACAAACAUAAUCUACAUCUUUUUUUGCUUUUCCAGCUUUUCUCAGUUUCAUGGACUUAUUACACACUAUAAAAUUGGAGCUCUGUGUAUGAAUAUCAUCGAUCAUGAGUUAAAAAGACAUGAGCUUUGGCAAGAAGAACUUUCUAAGAAGAAAAAAGCUGUUGAUGAAGACCUUGAAAACCAAACCUUGAGAAAGGAUUAUGAAAAAACCUUUAAAAAGUACCAGGGGCUUGUGGUGAAACAGGAACAGCUAUUAAGAGUUGCUCUUUACCUGCUUCUGAAUCUUGCUGAGGAUACUCGUACAGAACUGAAAAUGAGGAACAAGAACAUAGUUCACAUGUUGGUGAAGGCUCUUGACCGAGACAAUUUCGAGCUGCUUAUUCUAGUGGUAUCAUUCUUGAAGAAACUCAGCAUUUUUAUGGAGAAUAAAAAUGAUAUGGUGGAAAUGGAUAUUAUUGAAAAGCUGGUAAAAAUGAUACCUUGUGAGCAUGAAGAUCUGCUGAAUAUCACCCUUCGACUUUUAUUAAACCUGUCAUUUGACACAGGACUGAGGAAUAAGAUGGUACAAGUUGGACUGCUUCCCAAACUCACUGCACUCUUAGGCAAUGAAAACUACAAACAAAUUGCAAUGUGUGUUCUUUAUCACAUAAGCAUGGAUGACCGCUUUAAAUCAAUGUUUGCAUACACUGACUGUAUACCACAGUUAAUGAAGAUGCUCUUUGAAUGCUCCGAUGAACGAAUUGACUUGGAACUCAUUUCUUUCUGCAUUAACCUUGCUGCUAACAAGAGGAAUGUGCAGCUUAUCUGUGAAGGAAAUGGGUUGAAGAUGCUCAUGAAGAGGGCUCUGAAGUUCAAGGAUCCACUGCUGAUGAAAAUGAUUAGAAACAUUUCCCAGCAUGAUGGACCAACUAAAAAUUUGUUUAUUGAUUAUGUUGGGGACCUUGCCGCCCAGAUCUCUAAUGAUGAAGAGGAGGAGUUUGUGAUUGAAUGCUUGGGAACUCUCGCGAAUUUGACCAUUCCAGACUUAGACUGGGAAUUGGUUCUUAAGGAGUACAAAUUGGUUCCGUACCUCAAGGAUAAAUUAAAACCAGGUGCUGCAGAAGAUGACCUUGUUUUAGAAGUGGUUAUAAUGAUUGGAACAGUGUCGAUGGAUGACUCUUGUGCUGCAUUGCUCGCCAAAUCCGGGAUAAUCCCUGCACUCAUUGAAUUACUAAAUGAUCCAGAGGAUAUUGUCUCAGCGCUUUCUGUGAUGAUGAAAAUGUUCUGUGUCUAUGAACAAGAUGAUGAAUUUGUGUGUCAGAUCAUUUAUGUCUUCUACCAGAUGGUUUUCCACCAAGCCACAAGAGACGUCAUAAUCAAGGAAACACAGGCUCCUGCAUAUCUCAUAGAUCUGAUGCAUGACAAAAAUAAUGAAAUCCGAAAGGUCUGUGAUAAUACGUUAGAUAUAAUAGCGGAGUAUGAUGAGGAAUGGGCUAAGAGGAUUCAGAGUGAAAAGUUCCGCUGGCAUAACUCUCAGUGGCUGGAGAUGGUAGAGAGUCGCCAGAUGGAUGAGAGUGAGCAGUACUUGUACGGCGAUGAUCGAAUUGAGCCCUACAUCCAUGAGGGAGAUAUUCUCGAAAGACCCGACCUCUUCUACAACUCAGAUGGAUUAAUUGCCUCUGAAGGAGCCAUAAGUCCAGAUUUCUUCAAUGAUUAUCACCUUCAAAAUGGAGAUGUAGUCGGGCAGCAUUCAUUUCCUGGCAGCCUUGGAAUGGAUGGCUUCGGCCAGCCCAUCGGCAUUAUUGGACGCCCUGCCACAGCAUAUGGAUUCCGCCCAGACGACCCUUUCUACUAUGGCUAUGGCUCUCGAUAAAGUUGUACCCUUCGUGUGUGUCCCCCGCUUAGAGGAAACCUGUGUGGGUUGGGUUAACUUUGAAUCUUGGCUUAAUAAUGCAUGUUGAUACUAUUGUGGUCUGUGUUUCUGUUACUUUCCGUGUUGUUAGCUGCAGAUUAAUUCCACCCCUGCAUGGUAGUGCUGACCCUGUUCACUCAUCCCACCACAGCGUGAUGCUGCAGAUCAUUUCCCAGGACCCCCGCGGGUGUCAAAAGCUGCUAGUCUGGAACACAACAAUACAUUACGUACGUUAAGUGACUAAUUUAAUUUCUAUUAAAAAGAAGGAUAAAGUGCAAAUGAA